CAUUAGUCAUGUACUACCUGUGACCAGCAAGAGAGGGGUUUGAGAGUCGGGAACAAGAUCUUAAAGACCUUCUGCUGUCUGUCAAGUGUGCAGGUGAUGAGUCAAAUUACUUAGAACUCCUAUUGGGAAAAGGACCUGUCAAUGGAGGGAGUGGAACUUGCCCGGUGCACACGCUGCUUCACCCCUGAGGAUGUCAGUGGAAAAGUGGAAGCCCCAGACACAGGUGCAGACGUGGGCCCUGGCCUGGAAGUGAGCUUCCCGAGGCAGUCACUCGGCUCUACAGAUGUAUUCCUGGAGGCUGUGGCACCGACUUGCUCUCUGUGUCGACGGGACCUUCGCAAUGAGGGCUCUCGGCUUCUACCAUGCCAACAUUUGCUCUGUAGGGACUGUUCCCAGGGCUUCAUGCGGGAGCUAGGCCACGUUACCAGGGCUUACGGGACAGUCCUAGACGAGCUCAUCUCCUGUCCUGGAUGUCAACGAGUGUAUCUUACCAGAGAUGUAACUGAGCAUAUUUUUCUUCAGUACUUCCCCCCUGGGCAACCCACAAUGGCCAGGAACUGCUCUGAAUGCAAGGAGAAGAGGGCGGCACAUAUCCUCUGCACCUACUGCAACCGCUGGCUGUGCAGCUCCUGCACAGAGGAACACCGGCAUGUCCCAGCCCCAGGGGGCCCACUCUUUGCACGGACACAGAAGGGAUCCUCAGGGGUGAACGGCGGCUCUGGGGAUUUCGCCUUGUACUGCCCUCUGCACACACAGGAAGUGCUGAAGCUCUUCUGUGAGACAUGUGAUGUGCUCACCUGCCACAGCUGCCUGAUGGUGGAGCACAAAGAGCACAGGUGCAGGCAUGUUGAAGAAGUUCUACAGAACCAGAGGAUGCUUCUGGAAAGCGUGACCACGCAGGUGGCACAUAAGAAAUCCAGCCUGCAGACAUCUGCGAAGCAAAUCGAGGACAGGAUUUUUGAAGUGAAGCAUCAGCAUAGGAAGGUGGAAAACCAGAUCAAAAUGGCCAAGAUGGUCCUGAUGAAUGAGCUGAACAAACAGGCCAACGGGCUCAUAGAGGAGCUGGAGGGCAUCACUAAUGAGAGAAAGCGGAAGCUGGAGCAGCAGCUACAGAGCAUCAUGGUUCUCAACCGGCAGUUUGAGCAUGUGCAGAAUUUCAUCAACUGGGCCGUCUGCAGCAAAACCAGUGUCCCUUUCCUUUUCAGCAAAGAGCUGAUUGUGUUCCAGAUGCAGCGGCUGCUGGAGACCAGCUGUAACACAGAUCCCGGCUCUCCUUGGAGUAUCAGAUUCACCUGGGAGCCCAACUUCUGGACCAAGCAGCUGGCUUCUCUUGGCUGCAUAACCACUGAGGGUGGGCAGCUGUCCCGGGCAGAUGCUGCAGCCGCUUAUGGGAGCUUACAGGGGUCAUCAUCCUUGUAUCAGGGCCACCAGGCCCCCAUGGCUCAGCAGGAGUCUCUCAGUCACCCCCCACACAAGUUCCAGCCUCCAGCACUGUGCUCCUCGUCUGUCUGCUGCUCCCACUGCUCCCCAGUCUCACCUUCCCUCAAAGGCCAGGUCGCCCCACCCAGUAUCCACCCAGCUCACGGUUUCCGGCAGCCCUCCGAAAUGGUGUCCCACCAGCUGGGGUCACUGCAGUGUUCCACCCUGCUGCCCAGGGAGAAAGAACUGGCCUGCAGUCCCCAUCCACCAAAGCUGCUGCAGCCCUGGUUAGAACCACCGCCUCCCGCAGACCAGGAGAGUACAUCCCAGCGGCCAGGACAGCAGCUGAUUUCCCAGCCUGUGUGCAUCGUCCCUCCGCAAGACGUUCAGGCGGGAGCUCAUGCCCAGCCCGCCAUACAGACACCCUCCAUCCAAGUUCAGCUGGGCCACCACCAGAAACUGAAGCUCGGCCACUUUCAGCAGCAGCCACAGCAGCAGCCACCACCCCCACCUCCACCUCCUCCACCCACCCAGCACGCACCGCCACCCUUGCCUCCAUCCCAGCACCUGGCUUCCAGUCAACAUGAGAGCCCUCCUGCGCCUGCCUGUUCCCAGAACGUGGACAUUAUGCAUCACAAGUUUGAGCUGGAGGAGAUGCAGAAGGACUUGGAACUCCUCCUGCAGGCUCAACAGCCCAGCCUGCAGCUGAGUCAGACCAAGUCUCCUCAGCAUCUGCAGCAGACCAUCGUGGGGCAGAUCAACUACAUUGUCAGGCAGCCAGCACCUGUCCAGUCCCAGAGCCAAGAGGAUUCCCUGCAGGUUACAGAGGAGCCACCAGCACCCGAGGGCCCAAAGCCAGCUCUGCCCCUCGACAAGAAUACUGCUGCGGCCUUGCCUCAGACAUCCGGGGAAGAAACUCCUCACAGUGUCCCCCCAGUGGACAGCACCUCCCAGCACUCCUCUCCAAAUGUGGUGAGAAAGCACUCCUCCUCUGUGAGCAUCAUGGGCUUUUCCAACACUCUGGAGAUGGAGUUGUCGUCUACCAGGCUGGCGAGGACCGUAGAGCCACAGAUCCACAGGAUGAGCAGCCUGACAGCGGGUCCCACCCACACAAUUCCGAACCUUCUGAGUGGCCCACCACAAACCGUGUCCAGCCUGAUGAACGUCUCAAACCAUGCCGUGCCGAGCCCAGCCAGUCACCUGCAACCCGUGCCAAACCUUGUGCGUGGCUCAUUCCAGUCCUUGCCCAACCUGAGGGGUGAUUGUGCCCAGGCCAUUACAAGCCUGGCAAGCAACCACUCACAGGCCGGUCCCAGCCUAGUGUCCGGGCACACCCAGGCUGCGCCGAGUCUGGCCACUUGUCCUCUGCAGGGCAUGCCUCCGGUUUCUGACAUACACCUGGAGACUAGAUCGGCUUCCAGUCCUGGCUCCGGCCAAACUGCAGAGAGCCUGGGCCCCAAGGAUGGGGCUGAGUCCUCCGUGGGGAAUGCCCAGUGUAAGAUGGAAAGUGAGGAUAGCUCUCGCUUCACAGACUCAGUAGGGAAAGGCCCCACAGCCUCCAGUCUGGAUGUUCCCAAGGAUUUGGCUAUUCCCUCAGAACUGGAGGAGCCAAUUAACCUUUCUGUGAAAAAACCUUUCCUGGCACCAGUGACCAACACAUCUACGGCUCUACAACAGUACCAGCGGCCAAAAGAAUAUGAGAAUUUUGAACAAGGAGUGCUAGAGCCAGACACAAAAGAGAAUCCAAGCAUCAGAGCCAUCGGUAGUGAGCCCAAGAUCCCUUACGUGCGACUGGAGCGUCUCAAGAUCUGCGCAGCCUCAUCAGGAGAGAUGCCAGUGUUUAAGUUGAAGCCGCAGAAGAACAGGCAGGACGGGAGUUUCCUGCUGGUGAUCGAGUGUGGUGCUGAGUCCUCUAGCAUGUCCAUUAAGGUCAGCCAGAACAGCCUGCCUGAUGCCACCCAAGGCCCAGGGCUGGGGGGAAGAAAGGUCACUGUCACAUCUCUGGCUGGGCAGCGGCCACUGGAGGUGGACAGUGAAUCUUCUGAAGAACAGAGACUCAUUCCCCGAACUCUUGGAGCCAAGAAGUGCACCCCAGCCCCCAUCGAGAAUGAGGACUUCUGUGCUGUGUGCCUCAAUGGUGGGGAGCUGCUGUGCUGUGACCGCUGCCCCAAAGUGUAUCACCUUUCCUGCCAUGUGCCAGCCUUGCUCAGCUUCCCGGGGGGAGAGUGGGUGUGCACCCUGUGCCGCAGCCUGGUGCAGCCGGAGAUGGAGUACGAUUGUGAGAACGCCCGCUAUAGUCAGCCCGGAGUGCGGCCUGCUCCUGGCCUGAGCAUGUAUGACCAGAAGAAGUGUGAGAAGCUGAUUCUGUCGCUGUGCUGCAACAACCUCAGCCUGCCCUUCCACGAACCAGUCAGCCCUCUGGCCAGGCAUUAUUACCAGAUUAUCAAGAGGCCCAUGGACCUAUCGAUUAUCCGGAGGAGGCUGCAAAAGAAGGACCCAGCUCACUAUACCACUCCAGAGGAAGUAGUAUCCGACGUGCGCCUCAUGUUCUGGAACUGUGCUAAGUUCAAUUAUCCCGACUCGGAGGUUGCGGAGGCUGGUCGCUGUCUGGAAGUAUUCUUUGAGGGCUGGCUAAAGGAGAUCUACCCAGACAAAUGCUUUGCCCAGUCCCAGCAAGAGGAUUCAGACUCUGAGGACGUAUCCGGCGAGAGUGGCUGUUCCACCCCUCAGGGCUUCCCGUGGCCUCCCUAUAUGCAGGAAGGCAUCCAGCCCAAGAGGCGGCGGCGACACAUGGUAAAGAGCCAGCCAAUGGACAAGGUGGGUGGGUGGUGGCACUGGCAAGGGGCACCUGAGCAGCCAGCGCCGAGUACCAGAUGGAGUCAUGUCGAUGACACUUCACUCUCAACCCCCUAGCCUAUGAGAAAGUAGAGUGGCGUGGAGACCACCAGCCCCAGGUAUUAGUGAAGUCCGACAUUCAGAGGGGCCACGUGCCUGCCAGGGGUCCGCUAGCAAGUUUACGGCUCUAGGGUGAAGAAGGUGUCCUGACCCCUCAGCUCAGAACUGUUAGACUACACUCUGACUGCAAUGCCCAUAGAAAGAGAACUACCUGAUACCAGUGCCUGAGUCCUGCCUGGGCCAGAGGGAGGAAAGCAGGGACCCUUUAAACUCCUAGAUAGGGAGGAAGCAGCGUGCUGGCUUGCAGCAGACACUUCUAGGACCUUCUGGCUCUCUCGUCUGUGUAGACCUGAAAGAUCAGUCUCCCUCCUUCCUUCCCUCCCUGUGUCCCUCCCCCCUUGUCCCCUUCUUCCUUCCUUCUCCUUCCUUCAAUUCCUCUUUUCAUCUUUCCUUUUUGAAAUAGGGUCUUACUCUGUAGCCAAGGCUGGAUUGGAACUAACUCUAGAAACCAGACUGGUCCUAAGCUUGUGACAGUCCCCCUACCUCUUCCUCCCAAGUGCUAGGAUUCCCUGUGUGUGAUACUGCAUGCAGCCAUUCUGUUAAACCCCCUGAAAUGUGCUGCUGGCCCCCAAGGUCUGGCAGAAACCCCUGGUUAUCUACAACACUUACAUCGU